UGCAUUUUAAGGAAUUCAGUUCCUGUGUAUGUUUAGCAGUCGUUAUGCAAACGGUUGUUAGGACAUAUAGCACGCUGCCGGAAGAAGCUGUUGGACAGACAUGGGUGUUAAACAGAGAAUUCUGGAUACUCCACUGUUUUUAAAAAUUUCCUGUGUCUUGAUAAUUGCAGCGUUUGUAAUCAAUCUCGUUGCUUUUUCUGCUCCGUAUUGGUUUGAGUCUGAUACUUAUCAUGAAGGAUUGUGGUCAAUUUGUAGCGGCACGGACUGCACAGACUAUACGUUGGAUAAUCUCUCCAGAUGGUUCGAAGCAACUAGGACAUUUGCUGUGUUCGGUUUCCUGGGGUCCCUGACAACUAUUGUCCUUCUUGUCCUAUAUAUCUUCGUAGAAAAGCUUAGUCUUUAUUUCAUUUACAUAGCAGCUGUGGUUUCCUGCUUCGUGACAGCUGGCUUCAUCUUUCUGUCUGUGUUGAUCUAUGCGGCCUUCCUGGACAAUCUUUCCUGGAACUGGGCGUUCUGUAUUGUAUCUUUUCUGCUUUACGCUGUCGCCGGUGUCCUUCUCAUUAUCAACUUCCUCAGAAAGGACGGGAAAGUGUUCAGCAAAUGAAACGUUAUCAUGUAGUAGAUUUCCAAUUUUAUUUCUUCUUAAUUCUUGCUACAUAAAGUAGCAAUAGGGCCUUGAUGACGACAGAUCAUGCAUACAAUGAUAAGAUCAUGUAGUGAUUGAUUGAUUGUGUAUCUUGAUUUAAAAAAACCCCAACAACUUUAUUUGCUGUAAUUGAUGGAUUUGUUAGUACGAAAUAAAUUAAAAUUAAAAUAAAAGCUUUGAUAAGGUUCUAAGUAUAGAAAUGUAA